AUGUCCAACAUAAAAUACGAGACCGAGCUCCACGACUUCCCCAACAUCUUCUCCCUGAAAGGCAAAGUUGUCGUCGUAACAGGUGGAAGUCGAGGCCUAGGACUACACGCUGCAUCAGGAUUUCUCCAAGCAGGAGCCUCCAAGGUUUACAUCACAUCUCGAAAAGCCUCGGCAUGCCAACAAGCCUGCGAUACCCUGAAUGCUCUUCCGAACCUCUCUCCUAGCGCUCGUGCGAUUCCUGUUCCAGCAGAUAGUUCUAAGAUUGAGGGAAUUGAGUAUUUGGUGAAGGAGGUGGGGAAGACGACGGAUCAUGUUGAUGUCUUGUUUGCGAAUGCCGGUGCUACUUGGGGAGAGAGCUUUGAUACGCACCCGGAUAGUGCGUUUGCCAAAGUGAUGGACUUAAAUGUCAAGAGUGUUUUCAAUACUAUUAGAUUAUUUGCCCCAUUACUACAGAAGAAUGGGACAAUUCAAGAUCCAUCAAGAGUAAUCAUCACUGCAUCCGUAGCAGGUAUCGGUAUCGGAACCCUCGGAAAACAAGCAACCUUCGGCUAUUCAGCGUCGAAAGCAGCUGUCAUUCAUCUUGCAAAGAAUUUGGCUGUGGAACUAGGACCAAGACAUGUUCUCGUCAAUGCUAUUGCACCUGGCUUCUUUCCGAGUAAGAUGGCAAGUGGGCUAAUGGAGAUAAGUGGUGGAGUUGAGAGUCUAUCAAAGAAGAACCCAAGUCAGAGGCUGGGACGUCCCGAGGAUAUUGCUGGUCUCGUAGUAUUUUUAAGUAGCAGGGCAAGCGCACACAUCAAUGGUGCAACAAUCACAGUUGAUGGUGGUGAGGUUUGGGCUAGAGGUGGUAUGGCUGAGUUGAAGGAGGAGCCAGAGAAGGCAAAACUAUAGAAAUUGUAGAGUAAAGGAGUGUCAC